CAGAAUCAGUACACUCAGCAUCAAAAUCUCGACCAGAGACACCAUCACAGCCAUCACCACAGCCACCACUCCCAUCCUCAGCCUCUGCACCAACAACAGACACCAUUGCACUCAAGCCAAGCAACUUCAAUACCUCUUCAUCCUGCCUCCCAUCAUCCAACUUCGUUAUCUCCAACUGCAGCCUACCAGACCUCAGGAGAUCGUCGCAUCACCCAGUCACCCGGAUCCGAUGCUUUACAAUCUCCAUCGUCAAAUGGGGGGCGCCAUGUUACAGCCACGGCACAAUCUUCCCCAUCCUCGGCUGGAGGAUAUCGCACUCCAAGUGGUAGGAUUCCCACUUGUGUGACUGGACAGCCGGGAAUGAGCGAUUCAGAAGCUGGCCAACACGAUAACCCAUGUGUGGAGCUAGUAGACAAAUCAUUAUGGGACAAAUUUCACACACACGGCACCGAGAUGGUGAUCACGAAGAGUGGCAGGAAGAAUUGGUUGGAAGGAAUUCGUGAUAUGGUAUCACCGGAAACGGAAGUAGGAUUGCCGCAUAGGGAAGACUGUGGAAUUGUACGAAGAAGUCAUCGGCGCAUUGUCCUGCGACCCUGA